GUGGGCGGUGAACAGGGCGGAGUCUCAGGGGAAAGGAAACCGAGCCGCUGGACACCUAGGUCCACACGCAGGUCCCCAGAGAUGUCUCUGCCACCGCUGCUGCUCCUGCUGCUGUCACCGCUGUUGAUCUUGGAGCCCGCCAGGGCCACGCUUAUCAGGAUUCCACUUCGCAGAGUCUACACUGGACUCAGAACCCUGAACCCACUGAGGGGAUGGGAGAAGCCAGCAGAGCCCCCCAGUUUGGGGGCCCCAUCGCCUGGGGACAAGGCCUUCUUUGUGCCUCUCUCCAACUACAUGAACGCCCAGUAUUAUGGGCAAAUUGGGCUGGGAACGCCCCCACAGAACUUUUCUGUCGUCUUUGACACUGGCUCGUCCAAUCUCUGGGUCCCGUCCGUGAGAUGCCACUUCUUCAGUCUGCCCUGCUGGUUCCACCACCGUUUCAACUCCAAAGCCUCCAGCUCCUUCCGGCCCAAUGGGACCAAGUUUGCCAUUCAGUACGGAACUGGGCGCCUAGACGGCAUCCUGAGUGAGGACAAGCUGACGAUUGGAGGACUCAGAGGUGCAUCCGUGAUUUUUGGGGAGGCUCUGUGGGAGCCCAGCCUGGUCUUCACUUUUGCCCACUUCGAUGGGGUAUUGGGCCUCGGUUUUCCUGUUCUGGCCGUAGGAGGAGUUCGGCCCCCACUGGAUAUACUGGUGGACCAGGGGCUACUGGAUAAGCCUGUCUUCUCCUUCUAUCUCAACAGGGACCCUGAGGCAGCUGAUGGAGGAGAGCUGGUCCUGGGUGGCUCAGACCCAGCUCACUACAUCCCACCCCUCACCUUUGUGCCGGUCACGAUCCCUGCCUACUGGCAGAUCCACAUGGAGAGUGUGAAGGUGGGCACAGGGCUGACUCUUUGUGCCCAGGGCUGUGCUGCCAUUCUGGACACAGGCACAUCUCUCAUCACGGGACCCACCGAGGAGAUCCGGACUCUGAAUAAAGCCAUUGGGGGAGUACCCCUGCUGAUGGGGGAGUACCUCAUCCAGUGCUCGAAAAUUCCAACGCUCCCCCAGGUCUCCUUCCGCCUUGGGGGUGUCUGGUUUAACCUUACGGCUCAGGACUACGUCAUUCAGAUUGCUCGGGGUGGCGUCCGCCUCUGCUUGUCCGGCUUCAAGGCUCUGGACAUGCCUCCGCCUACAGGGCCCCUCUGGAUUCUCGGCGAUGUCUUCUUGGGCAGCUACGUGGCCGUCUUCGACCGUGGCGACGGAAAAAGCCGCGCCCGAGUGGGGCUGGCGCGCGCUCGUGUCCGUGGGGUCGAACCGUGAAGCAGUGGGCUCGCGCAGGCGCAGUUCUCGGUUGAAGCCUGUUAUGCGCAUGCGUACCGGGUUGUGGCCGAGGCCCCACUGCUCAGUAAAAAUCCACUAUUUCCAUGGAACCUA